GCCCGCCCUACGUCGCUCGUCUUUGAUACGGACGUAACUCUAAACUAAACAAAAAAACAUCGUGCAAGUGGUACAGUUUGUGUUUCAUGAAUGUGUGCAACGUUGAUGCGUUUGUUUUUUAAUGAAUGAUACUUCUGUGGAUUUGGAAUCUGUGUUUUGGUAACGAGCUCGAUGUCCCUUUUGAAUGCUUUUGGCCUAGAUAAUGCGUGGUGAUGUUCGGUAACGGCAGCUAUGAGGCGGCGGGGGCGGAGGGCGCGGCGGGCGGGGAAGCGCACGCGCUGGCCGCGCUCGUCGCUCUCUAUGCGAUUGUCUCCGUCAUUGGGAUCAUUGGUAAUGUGAGCCUAAUGGCCGCCCUAGCGUCGGGCGGCGCAGCACGUCUCCGCACGCCUCAGCUGCUCAGCUCGUGCGCAGCCGACCUGCUAGUGUGCGCGGCUAGUGCACCGCUAGCUGCCACACGCGCGGCUAGAGUGCAGCACUUGCCGUGCCACUUCACUUAUUAUAUUGAAUCAUUCCCGGUGGCGGCCAGCACUUUGUCACUGGUAGCGAUAGCAGCUGACAGAUGCGGGGCUGUGCGACGAGGUCGGGGCUCGAACAUGUGCGCCAGUCCUCCCGUUGCUGUUGUUUUCGUAUGGCUGCUAGCUUUCAUAUUAGGUGCAGCACCAGUUAUCACGACGUGCAUACCAUGCCCGCCCCUGGCAGCAGCGCACGCCCUAGUCACAUACUGUUUACCAGUGAUAGUCGUCACGCGAUGUCAUUGGACGGUGCGCGUCAAGCUUACCGCGCUCUCGCUCACAGCAAGAGCCGCGCACGGAGAGCUGCCUCUCCCUGUGCCCCUCAUGAGGCGCCCCACACACGUCAUCAUCGUCGCCGGCGUCGGACCAAGAGAACGCCGCGAUGCCGUCGAUGUAGGCGACGUCCGCUCAAAAAAGAAACUGCAACCAAGUCUCCUCGGGCCUCAACCUCAAACGUCGACGCUGCGCUCGCGGAGAAGACUCGGGAACGUCCUCGUUGGUAUAGCUGCGAUCUUCGCCGCCUGCUGGUGCCCUCACGCAGCUAUUGUCAUAUCUGGCGCGUUCGGUCUCCACGCCCCUUUAGUGGUGAUGCAAUACGCGCUGCUUCUUGGAUAUGCUCACUCGGCUCUGAACGCUGUGGCCUACUGGGUGUUGAACAGGCAUGCGCUCACGUCUGCGUGCGCGGCUUGGCGACUGCCGCAGCUUCGUGUCCGGGAAGAGCGGCCAUCUUCAACGAACGAGGCGGCUUUGGGCGCUUUCCACCCACGGCUGGCCCGACCCGCCCCCUCCCCGCGUCCUCCCCCCUCCAGCUUCCUCUAUUGAUGUCCGUCUAUCUUCUAAGCUCUGUCAAUCUGUGAUUCCUGUCUCUCAGUGCCUCGUAUAGUCUAUGCGCGCCUCUGUCGGAAGCGCCGCUCGUUUCGUCGUUAUAAUCGUGGUUGUUUGAGAUUUUAUGGAGAA